AAGCAUAACUUUAAAAAAUGAAGAUUUUCAUCAUCCUCUCGUUGCUGUUGCUCUCCGUCUACUGUUUUGUUAAGGAAGACAUAAAGAUAACGCGAAGAACUGCACAUGCAAUGAUUACAAGACACAAACGUGCCUAUGAUUAUUACGAAAGAUGGUAUCCCAGAGUGAAGACUCCACUAGAAUUGAAGAAGGAACAGUGUGAAAACUAUUUACCCUGUGACCAGCUGUCAGAAUGGGUUGGCUUUUACCAAGCUUACCGCCUAUACUUUGGACCUAUUUAAGUGGCUACUAUAUUAAAGCUUCUUAACACGCGCAACCAAAGUGAAAAAAUGCUUAUGUGCUUAGCUUGUUAUAAAUUCAACUACUGUGCAUGUGAAUCAUGAUGCUUAAUAAAUGAGUGUGUGCUUAAAACACAAUAUUAACCAAUA